AUGGUUGGAGCAGUAAUUUGUUGUACAAAUUCAAAAUUUGGGGACUAUGUGGAAAGAAUCUAUGCCAUCAAACUAGAUAUAGAGGAUACUACAGAUACAGUUAAGUCAGGCUCAUACCUUGACUUAUAUCUAGAAAUUGACAAUGAGGGUAGAUUGAAAUUUAAACUUUACGACAGAAAAGAUGAUUUCAGCUUCCCAAUUGUGAAGUUUCCAUUUUCUUAUUUAUCUGAUGUUCUUUUGUUGUAUGGAAUGGAUUAUAAAGAUAUAUUUAUAACAGCUGUGGUAGUUGCAUUAUGCUUGGUCGCCAACUUGUCUUGUUGUGAAAAGGAAGAAUUUGUUACCUGUCAGAGAGAAAAUAUGACGUGUUUACAAAAACUGUGCCGGUGUUAUAACAGGGCUCCUCUUCCAUUUUAUGAAUAUUUUGAUGAUGUUUUAUGUACAGACCUCACAGAAGUUCCAAAAGACAUUACACAUGAUGCUAGAUUUUUAUCUAUAACUGGAACUAAUAUUACAACAAUAAGAAGAGGAGAUUUCAACAACAUGCCAAACGUGGAUAGACUAUAUUUGAAUGACAAUAAGAUUAGUAUAAUUGAACCUGGAGGGUUUGUGAACCUUUCUAAUUUCAGUUUAGCAAUGAAUCUCGAUAACAACAACUUGUCAAGAAUAACAGCAUAUAUGUUUAGGGACAUUUCGAUUACUACUCUUUAUCUUCAAGGAAACCCUAUCACAGUGAUAGAGACACAUGCAUUCUUCAAUCUCCCCCUUUUAUCUAUCAUCCGUUUUAAUGGGAACACAAUCUCAGAAAUAGAGAAAGAAGCUUUCGUCAAUAUUCCAGUUAUACAAACCAUUGUCGGAAUUACUCCAUUUUUAAAGAAGAUCGAAACAGAAGCAUUUGUGAACCUUUCAAGAACAGCUUUAUCACUAGAACUAUAUCUAGCAGGAAACAACAACACAGUUAUACAGAAGAAUGCCUUCAUGAAUGUUCACUUCAAAAUAUUAGUGCUUGGUUCAAACACUUCGAUAAAAGAAAACAGAUUGAUUACAGUCUCAUCCUACAUAGAAUUUAGUGGAGGUUUUACACAGUGUGAUUGUGACUUGAUGUGGUUAGUUUACUUACGCCAUGAUAAGCAGUUGAAUGUUUCGAGAUAUAGUGCAUGUACAAACAACCACAAACAAGUGUCUGCGUUGGUCCCUGACGACUUUCAUUGCAUGGACAAUGUAUCAACUACACAGCAUUGCAAUGCGUCUGAAUCCGUCGAUCUUCCAUGUGAAUAUAACUACUUAACAACUAAUUUGAUACGUUGGAUACAUUCACGUAAUGGGACAUUUAUAAGGGAACUGAAUAAAGAUCUUGUUGAUGAGGACACACAUACUCUCCAUUUUUCAUUUUGUAAUGAUGACGAUUCUGGAGAAUACAUGUGUAUGCUGUCAACAGACUAUUCUCUGCUGCCAAAUAUUAACAGAUCUGUACAUCUUUUAGUCAAUGGUCCUCCUAUUGUAUUGAACCAGCGUACAGAAGACGACGGAGAUGAUUUAAUAUUGUCCGUUGUGUUUUAUUCCAUUCCAUACGAUUUCAAUAUUCAAUGGUUACUAGGAAACAAUAGCUUAAACGGAGACCCACAAUACACCAUAGCCGUAAACAACAUGACGGUUGUACUAAAGCAGUACAAUGUAGAUGUAACGACUGAUGGAUUCAUAUCAAACUUAACAAUUCAUAAUUUCAAGAGACGCCCGAGCGAUGUUUACACUUGUAAAAUUUCUAAUCAAUAUGGAUUAAUCAUAGAACAAAUUAUUUUAGGACCAGCUAGUUUAGAAUUAGAAAGACGGACCUAUUGUGACACUUCACAUAGCAUUGAGUUAAAGUGUACUUUAGAAUUGGUCGGCGCCACCCCAGUCCCGUGGGUUCACUCGAACGCUGGAGAAACUAUUCGUGCACUCGAAGGCAGGCAUGUUGGUACCUCUAACAUUCUGACUAUUCCAUUCUGCAAUAGUCAAGAUACCGGUGAUUACACUUGUAGGUGGAAAACAGAUAUUCUCGGCCAGACAAUAAUGGAAAAGUCUACAACAUUGGCCGUAAGCGGAUCACCUUUUGUCAUAUCAUACUCUUCGUCAGUCGAUGUCACCGAUACAAUUUUUUCUGUCACGUUUUUCUCUAUACCAUUUCCAAGUGAUCCAAAGUGGUACUAUAACAAUGAACCAGUUGCUUUAGGCACUAAAUUUCUACAAACAACAACAUAUUCUAUUGUACAAAUCAAACAACAUCGUGUUUUAGUAAACGUAGAAGGUUUCGUUAGCAACUUAACUGUACACAAAGCUGAGUAUGGACUGUAUAACUGCGUGAUUCGAAACAGUUUUGGAGAGGUGAACCAAUUAUUUCUUAUUGAACAAGAACAGAAUAAAUUCUCAAUUAGCACCACAGAAGCCAAUACUUCAGCAGCUUCUACAGGAGACAGUGUGACAGUGAUUAUUGCCAUAUGUUCAUCAGUAGUUGGGAUAGCCGUAGUGGUUAUUUGCAGCAUUAUUUUUAUCAAAAGAAGUUUGUCGCUAAAGUCAGAGUGCCGGUAG